AUGGCGGAAAUUGAAACAUUUGAGAUGAAUGUCGAGGAUUUUUCUGCCUCCACUCUGAAUGAUGCAGAUGUAUCUUCAUCUGGGAUUGAUGCUCAGAUGCCAGCUGAUCGCGCGAAGCCUGUGGACAAGUCAGAUGAUCAUGGGUACGUACUAGAAAUGAUCCUUCUUAAUCACCUCAAAGUCAUAUGGAGUUGCAUUCGGUUCCUUGCUAGCUAUUGGAAGGUUAUUGGAUCUGUCUUGCUAGCCAUUAUCCCUGUCGUGAUCUACUUUGGCAUUCAGUACUUCAACGAGUGUAAUACAUUUUUGGCGCAAAACGAUCUACCUGUCAUGCCAUCCUUGGAGGAUCUCAACGCUAUGGUCGAGUAUAACCUUUUUGUGUACUUUGCUGGAGGCUUCGUCAUCUUUAUCCUCGCCCUUGCUGCCUGGUGCAGUAUUGAUUGGAAGAGGAUGGUGUCGACGGAGACUCGCCGCUUUCAUUUCAUCACUAUUCCAUACUUGCGUGAUCGGCCCCUUAGUCGCGUUAUUUAG